AUGGGACAAUUUGUGGGCUCAAGAAAAUUUUCUCUCAAUGCUUUAUGGGCUUGGCAGCAACUGGCUGGCCAUUGGGUACUGGCGUUGGGCCGAACUGUCUUGGGGAGAGCUGCUGGAUGGAGAUCUCGUUGGCACGUGGAGCUGCUGGGUGGCAUGGUGGAAGAGGUUGGAAGUGUGGGUGAAGAAGCAGGAGGCAUGAAGGAGCUGCUGUUGGGAAAUGGCCAGGCAGGCGGGCUUGGGCUUCUUGGGCCUGGGCAGAUGAAUCUUCAGACUAAGGAACUGUCCAGCAUUAUUGAUACGUUCCAUGACAUGCACAAGCAUUUGACACGUGGGUGGGUGAGCACGAAUGCUAAGGAUGCAUAUGAUGCCUUCCAACAAGAAGUGCAAACACAAUCCCAAUCUGAAUCUUCAGGAGGAAGUAGCCAUGUCAAUGAGACUAUUGGACGCAAGUUGAGGGGCACUAGUACCUUUGCCUCAGGCGCCACCAAAUCAGUUUCACAGUCAAAGGCAUCACCAUUUACGUCCACUACAUUAUUGGGAUUUUGUGGUAGCACACCUUCUUAUUGCAAAAAUGGGUGCCAAAGCCAGUGCUCACCCCUGCCCCCAAGCCCGAGACCUCCACCACCUAGCCCACCACCACCCAGCCCACCACCGCCUGUAAGCCCAGAUAAACCUGAAUGUGGAAGGGACGCAGGUGGUGCCCUGUGCCCAAAUAAUCUUUGUUGUAGCUAUUGGGGUUUUUGUGGUAGCACACCUCCUUAUUGCAAAAAUGGUUGCCAAAGCCAGUGCUCACCCUCACCCGCAAGCCCAAGCCCAAGCCCACCACCUCCGAGUCCACCACCACCUAGUCCGCCACCUCCGAGUCCACCACCGCCGCCGCCUGUAAGCCCAGAUAAACCUGAAUGUGGAAGGGACGCAGGUGGUGUCUUAUGCCCAAAUAAUCUUUGUUGUAGCUAUUGGGGUUUUUGUGGUAGCACACCUCCUUAUUGCAAAAAUGGUUGCCAAAGCCAGUGCUCACCCUCACCCUCACCCCCAAGCCCAAGCCCACCACCACCGAGUCCACCACCUCUUAGUCCACCACCACCCAGUCCGCCACCUCCGAGUCCACCACCACCGCCACCUGUAAGCCCAGAUAAACCUGAAUGUGGAAGGGACGCAGGUGGUGCCCUAUGCCCAAAUAAUCUUUGUUGUAGCUAUUGGGGUUUUUGUGGUAGCACACCUCCUUAUUGCAAAAGUGGUUGCCAAAGCCAGUGCUCACCCUCACCCCCAAGCCCAAGCCCACCACCACCUCCGAGUCCACCACCACCCAGUCCGCCACCUCCAAGUCCACCACCACCGCCUGUAAGCCCAGAUAAACCUGAAUGUGGAAGGGAUGCAGGUGGUGCCUUGUGCCCAAAUAAUCUUUGUUGUAGCUAUUGGGGUUUUUGUGGUAGCACACCUCCUUAUUGUAAAAAUGGUUGCCAAAGCCAGUGCUCACCCUCACCUCCAAGCCCAAGCCCACCACCACCUAGCCCACCUCCACCAAGCCCACCACCUCCAAGCCCCCCACCACCGAGUCUACCACCUAGCCCACCACCGCCUGUAAGCCCAGAUAAACCUGAAUGCGGAAGGGACGCAGGUGGUGCCUUGUGCCCAAAUAAUCUUUGUUGUAGCUAUUGGGGUUUUUGUGGUAGCACACCUCCUUAUUGCAAAAAUGGUUGUCAGAGCCAGUGCUCUCCCUCACCCCCAAGCGCAAGCCCACCUCCACCCAGCCCGCCACCUUUGAGCCCACCACCACCUACAAGCCCAGAAAGACCAGAUCACAGGUGUGGAAUAUAUUUUGGCAACAACCCAUGUAAUACUGGAAGGUGUUGCAGCAAGCAUGGUUGGUGUGGUAGCACAUAUAAAUAUUGUCGAGGAUCAUAUUGUCAAUACCAAUGCUGGAAUAGUGUGUAUUGGGUUGAUCUCCCUCAUACUUUUCUCUGGCAUGACAAUACUACUAAUGUUCUAAGCAACAUUAUUAGUGAACCACUGUUUAACGAGAUGUUUAAGCAUAGAAAAGAUUGUCCAAGUCAAGGUUUCUAUAAUUACGAGUCUUUUAUCAUUGCUGCUGCUUCUUUUCCUGAAUUCUGUACAACUGGUGAUGUGGCAACUCGCAAAAGGGAGCUUGCAGCUUUCUUUGCUCUAACCUCUCAAGAAACUACAGGUGAAUGGACUGAUUCAAUAGAUCCACACACAUGGGGAUAUUGUUUUAUUAAUAGAACUGGUGGUGAGGAUGAUUAUUGUACAUCUUCUCAUUGGUCAUGUGCUUCCGGCAAAAAAUAUAAUAGUCGAGGACCGUUUCAACUUACUCACAACUACAACUAUGGGCUUGCCGGUAGAGCUCUGGGGAUAGAUUUGAUAAACAAUCCUGAUUUGAUAGCAACAGAUGCAGUUGUGUCCUUUAAAACUGCCAUAUGGUUUUGGAUAGCUCAACAUGACAACAAUCCUUCAUUUCAUAACAUUCUUAUCAAUGCUAAUUCUAGACCUAAUCAACUCCCAAGUUAUGGUAAUUUCAAUGAUGGGUUGAGACACCAAAAUGAUUUCGGUACAAACAUCGUCGGGUUCUAUAAAAGGUAUUGUGACAUGUUAGAAGUGAGCUAUGGAGAUAUAUUAGACUUUUAUUUGUCUGACCAUACCUCUUUCUUUCCAAAAGUUUCUAGCAUUUGAAUGCCCUUCUUCUGAAAUCGAUUAGGGACAAAAAUAAAAAUAAAAAUAGUGGAUUUAUAUAAGAAUAAAUAAACCCUACUAUUACCUCCUAUGCAUAUAUUACAUUAUUAGUUACUUCUGUGUCAAAAAUGGAGCUUAAAUUGUUGUAUGUACAUAUAUUGUUGAGCUUUAUGAGAUUAAAUUAAUGGCUCUUUAAUAUUA